AUGCCGGCACUGCGGCUGCUGGGGCGCAAAUGGCUGGCUGCCUCAGACGACCUGGUGUUCCCGAGCAUCUUCGAGCUGAUCUUCCGAUUCGUAUGGCUGGUGCUAAUAGCGCUAGUGGUGGAAGUGCUCUACCCAGUGACAUGGCAGUGCCGGUCCGAGGGCUGGCACGGCGGCUCCUUCGUGCGGCUGUAUCUGUGCGGCACACUGGCUCUACAGGCGGCUCUUAUGCUGCUUUUGGCUGCAUUAGCGCAGCAGUCCGCCAGAGGCACCAUCACAGACGUCGACUCGAGAAGACUCGUGUCACCGCUGCUUCUUUUCAAGGUGCUGCUGGUGAUGCCUGAGAUGGGGCUGAAUGUCAUGGGCACCAUGUGGAUGUUCUGCGAGGUUAUCGACUGCUCUGUUGAGGACCGUUUCUCCAGCAUAGUUAUACAAAGUAUAGUCCUGUUCAACUGGGUCCAGCUAGCCCUAACCGUGUUUGGCCUCUUCAUGGUCUUCGACCCCCUGGGCUCCGUCCGGUACGGGGACAUGCAGGACACCCCCAACCAGGUGCGACACCACAAGAAGGUCACCGGCCUCUGGUCGAGGCGGUUCCGAUGGGCCUUCUGCUGGCUGAAGAGGGAUGAGCACGGGAAAGAAGCUUUUCAGCAGGUCGCAGCUCUCCUCAGCGCACUGUUCCGAUCAACCGACCUAGUCCCUUCAGACGUGGUCGCCGGCUGCGUUCUCUUACGAGUGCGGCAGAAGCGGGAAACCCGAGAGAUGCGGCGCAUCCAAAUGCUCAAUGACGAGGAACCGAUCUAUACCACAGAUGUGAACAAAGUCUUCUCGGAGACUCCCCCUUGGAUGAACCUGGAGGACGCUCUACACUACUUGAGGCUGUCCAUAGCAGCGUACGGCUGGCCGUAUGUGUUGUACCGACACUGCUUCACUGGAUUCUGCAAAUUGGCGCGCCAUUUGACGUGUUGUUGCUGUCGGCCAAAGAACUCCAUCGUGACGGACGACAACUGCUGCCUCUGCAACUUCGCUGGUGUCAAGUACAUGUCCAAACUCCCCGCCGAUGACAUCAUCUUUGCCUCCUUCAACAACCGGGUUUUUGAGUUACCAUUCUGCGUGAUAGCGGACCAUGAUCGCGAGAGCAUCGUAGUUGCUGUUCGUGGCUCCAUAUCUCUACGGGACAUAUUCACUGACUUUACGGCGGGAUCCGAAAAAUUUGAAGCCGAUGGCCUACCAGAAGACACGGCAGCACACAAAGGCAUGUCAAUGGGUGCUGCGAAGAUGCUGAAGAGGCUCCUACCGGUGCUAGACCGCGCCUUCCAGCAGUACCCACACUAUGACCUGGUGCUCACAGGUCACAGUCUGGGCGCAGGUGUGGCAGUCUUAGUGGCGCUCAAGCUCAGGCCGAGGUACCCGCACCUCAAAGUGUUCGCGUUUUCUACCCCAGCGGGUCUAAUAAGUCGCGAAGCAGCGAGGUAUACCGAGAGCUUCGUGCUGACUGUAGGCGUAGGUGACGACCUCGUGAUGCGACUCAGCGUGCACAGCAUAGAGAACCUUAGGACGAAGGUCAUACAGACCAUACACGCAACUAAGUUACCCAAGUACCGCAUCAUGCUGAACGGCUUCGGCUACGCGCUAUUCGGGGUUCCAGCUCGCGACUUGGAGUCCACCUGGAGGCGGCCUGAGGACCUGGAGGCCCACCAGUCGGACGACUCAGCAGACGCGCUGCUAGUCCAAAGCGUGUCCACCGUGAGUGCUGAGGCGGCGCUAGUAUCGCGCAACGUGUUCGUGCGGCGAUUCUCGUCGGCGCGGCUGUUCACAGCAGGACGAAUCCUGCACAUCGCGCGGCGCAAGCGCAUGGGCAUAGAGAAGAAAGUGCGCACCCACGAACCAACGUAUGAAAUGCGGUGGGCGUGUCCUGAAGACUUCAUGGAACUGCAGGUCAUGCCUCGCAUGCUCCUCGACCAUCUACCAGAGAACGUGCACCGCACCAUACAGACUGUCAUAGAGGAACGGCACACGUAUCGGAUCACGCACGUUGUGUAAAUACACGUACACGUACUUUGUGUUUAGUGCAGUGCGAAACAAUUGAAACGCAAUUGAAACACUAGUGAAACGAAUGUGAAUGCGUACACGGUUGAUUGAGAAGAGACAAAUGACAUGCGUUGUGAAGACCGCGCUGUGUGUGGAUUUAAAUAGAAACAAAUGACAAGCGUUGUGAUGCACAUCACUUAAACGUGUCAAUUGACACAAAACAAUUGAAGAUAGUUGAUAAUAUAAAAGAAAUACUAGCCAGAAAAUAUGCACCGCUUUACUUCGAAGACUACACAUGGGUUGUAGGAUGAAGCAUGUUGUAAGUUCACAGUCGCUUCAUGACGAAUGCAUUAUGGCAAAUUAAAAAUGAGUAAAAUGACACAUCGAAGCUUACUUACACAAUAUGAAAUUGACUGUAAUGUAAACCCUAAAACGGUGCGGCAAUAAUACCUUGGCUAAGUAAAUCGAUGAAACCAAAUAAACGAACUCUUAGAAAAUAGGAAAUACAGUCCAUGACUACAAGAAAUUUUCAAAGGCGACAUGACGUAACCAUCAAUCUUUAAAUUAAGUUAUAUUACUUUUAAAGAAUAUUGUAGUUUACUGUUGUAGUUAAUAUUAAACCGUUCUAGCAAAUGAACGAACAAAUCCGAGAGUAAUGCCCGUUUACAUCAUCAAUUCCUAAUUUUUAAGUAAGCCCUAUGACAACAAAAUUCAUAUUAUGUGUUAGCAUAGGGGUCACUUAAAAAUUAGGAAUUGAUGGUGAAAACGGGCAUAAGUUAUACAUUUUAAGUAACGACUACGACCUAAACACCAUCUAAUUGUAGAAUGGAUUUGAAUUUUGAAUUUAUGAUCAAGAUUCAGUACAAGUUAUUGUUUAAUUUAAUUAAAGUGACCGCACUAGAAUUAACACAAUUUUAAAAAAUGGGUGCUGCCCAAAGUUAACAAAUGAUCAUUUAAGAACACUGACAAUGUUUGACGAAUCUCCUUAUAAAUUGAGUUCCUAGUAUUAUUCUAUCGAAGAGAAGUAAUAAAAAGACAGUUCAAAAUACAUACCAGUGGACACAGCAAGUAAAACCAGUAUAAUUUAGGAUGAUGUCAAUGGUUUACAACACAUGUAAGUAAUUAUGUAUUUACGCUAUACUUUAAAAGCGUUUUUCGUGUCAUUAUUACUGAUGUGUUCUGCGAAGUAUAUGACUAAAGAUAUUUCCCAAAAUAAGCUACGUAAAAAUAAUUGUAAGAGCGACAAUGGUGGAGGCGAGUUUUGUCUUAGAAUAUUUAAUUAUUUGUAUAAAAAUAAUGUACAGACAGUCAUUCAGCUGCUGGCAGUUGAUAUGACAAUAAAUAUUAAUAUUUUUGGGUAUUUUGACAUACAAAAAUUUCUGUAAUAAACGCCUGAUUGUCUAUGACGUGACACAUACUCAGCUGUAAAAUUGUGUUGAAAAAGUAGAGACCUAUUCCAGGCGUUUGUGAUUUUAAUAAAAUACACAAAAUAUAGUAAAUACAACUUUCCAAAUAACUAUUUCUCAUAAGAUUGCUUACAAAUAAAUGUGAAUCGAGUUGUAUUGACCUAACAUAGGUAAUCUGAGAGCUACUAAGCAGACUCUAUGAGGAUAAAUUCAUAUUACUUAAUUAACAUAAAAUAAUUAUAAGAAUUGAAUCUAUUGAAGCAUUUAUUUUUAUAGUUCAAGAACAGUUUCUAAUUUGUUUAUAAGAGUGAAUGCAGCUAUGGUGGUGGAUUCAACGUUUGAAAGUAAGGAAUUGAUUUAUUUUUAAAAUUUUAAAUUAGACGUACCUACAUUUUACAGAUUUGGAAUUUUGGAUACAUAUUACUACUUAAAUAAUGUCAUCGGCAAAUUUCAUUAAUUUAUCACCUGAGCAACGAUCGGAAUUCUAGCAAAUUACUAAAAUGCCUAGACGUGUUACAAUUGUCUUUCCCAAACGAAACCAACAUGUUAAAUGAUGACAAAGUAAAAGAAUCGUACAAUUUGCCAACGACAAUAGUACACCCGACAAGAAUACACCCCCUCUCUAAAAACCUUUUAUGUAAUGAACACUCUUUUUACAGACAAAAAUAAAAGUUCGGAAAUAAAAUUUCCCACUACAAUUUGUUUAUUAAAACACUAGCAAUCAAUGACAAAAUACGUGUCAAAUUAUUAUGUAAAAUUAAGUAAGAAAUGUGAGAAGACUGUGAUGAUGUUAUAGUAUGAUUAUUGUUAAAGUAAGUGAAAUGUUUAUGGGCAGUUGAAUGUGUUAUAUGUAAAGUUAAGUAUUUUAGCAAUUUGUAUAUAAUACAUAUUAGUUUUAAGUCCUAUAUUGCUUUAGUUUCUGGGAAACAAAGCAAUCACCUCGUCCCAGUGUAAGAGCCCCUACCGACUACAGAGUUUUAACCGUUAUUUUAAUCGGGCUGUUAAUCAGUAUGAAACUACGUACGCAGAUUACACCGAUUUGGUAUCGGCCCGUUCCUUAUACAAAUUAGAAGCCGACCAAAAUAACGGCUGAUAAAAAAGUUUGUAGUCUACAGGGACUCUACAUGUCCACAUAUCAGCGUACAAACGUUUUAAUUCUUCCUCGAUAACACCAUGACCCCUGUCGUGUUUUCAAAAUUACUUUGCUCAAUCUUAUGCAAUUUUCGUUUGACUGGUGUAAUUAAUACUCAUCACGCAAUAAAACAAUUGAAGUCCUAUUUAUGCAAUAUCUAGAAAAAAAAAUUUAAAACCUUUUUUGUUAAAAUGAAUCUCAGUUAAAAUUUUACACACAAUAUUUUGAAAGUACAAUUUUACAUUACUAAAUUUUUAAAUUUGACAGAUAAAUAAACAUAAUACGCAGUUAGGUUAAAAAUGUCUCCUGGCACGCAAACAAAAAUAUUUUAA